AUGCUGCAACAAUAUGAGCUGAUAGGGGAAGAGUGGUUUACAAAUGUAUACGAUUUGACAGAAAAAUGGUGCCCUGCGCUAAGCAAAGACUUCUUUUCAGCUGGGAUUUUGUCUUCACAACGAAGUGAAAGCACUAAUCGCGCCAUCGGAUUUAGAGCAAACAGAACAACAAGUUUAACUGAUUUCUAUAGAUUGUUCAAAGGUACAAUACAGCAUUGGAGAAGUACAGAAAAGCAAGCUGAAUUCUCUUGUAGUAAAUCGGUUCCAUCCUCGGCUUUACCACUAUCUGGAUUGCUAAAACAUGCAUCAGAAGUUUACACGUUGUCACUAUUCAGAGACUUUGAGGAGGAAUUUGGAUAUUCAAUUGCAACAACAGCAAAAUUAAUUUGGAAACAAGAAAAUACUGAGUUCUAUGCUGUGUGCAUUGAUGAAGAACCUUGGUCUGCACAUAGAGAAUUUAGGAUAUUGCACCUUCAUUCGGUUAACCGGAUUCCAGAACAGUACAUCAAAAAGAGGUGGACAAAAUCUGCCAAGUCAUCAGUUUGGAACAAAUUAGAAAAUGAAAAACCAGAAGAGGUGCAGUACACACCUUGGCGCCAAACCAUGGCUAGGAAAUACUACAACCUUAUCUUGAAAAGCCAGUCAAAUGAGGAGACAAGAACCCUUAUGGAGGAUGGUUAUGCCGCUAGUGUGUCUCUGGUUGAUAAACUUCUAGCGUCAUUAAAUGUUUCAAACACUAACGACGCUUCAACCACAGAAACAAGUGCAACAGCAGCACCUGAAACAAGUGCAACAGCAGCACCUGAAACAAAUGCAACAGCAGCAUAUGAAACAAACUCAGCACCAACAGGUACUCAUGCAACAACAACAAGUGAUACAAGUGUACAACAAGCAACAAGUUCUGAACCUGCAACAAACACAGCAACUGAACCUCUUAUGGUGUUGGAUCCUAAACGUUGCACAACAAAAGGAAGGAACAAAAGACCACGAGGACCGUUUGUCAAAAAGAAGAAGGGAAAAACUGCAGCGCCUCCAACAGCAGACUUUGGAACAAUAACUCCAAAUUUGAGAUUAUUUUGA